GGAUUCCCUCUUUUGUUAGAUGUUAUUAUUUUUAUUGAAAGACAAAUACCCAAUGAAAAUGGUGAGGGGGAAAGAGGAGGAAUUGAUAAAAAUGGAGGAGGAAUAUAUCAACAAAAAUAUCAACAAUUUGAAUUUCGGGAAUUUUCUGUGGAGCUGGUUAAAAAGGUUUUUUUUAAUUUUAUUUUUUUAUUUGAGUCCACCCAAUGAAGACUUAUAAAUUUUAAAAGGGAAUGUGAAUAUUGAGGGAUUUGGGGGUGAUUGAAGGGGACGAUACCUGACUCCUUUCGAACUGGAGCCGGGGCAUUUUGGCAAAACUAAAUUGCUUGAUAGCUGUGCUGGGUAAUGCUCCGGGAGCUAGCUCCGGCUUCUAAAAUUCUCAAAAUUUUUGCCUGCGGCGCUAAAAAUUAAAAUUUUUGGCGCCUUUGGGGCCUAUUAUUAUUUUUAUUAACUCGUCCUUAACAAGAAAUACCCAAGUUGUAUUGACUAGUUUUAAAAAUUUUUCAACAAUCUUUUCUUUGGACUAUUAUGUUUUGCUUUAAUGUCAAUUCCACUUCGAGUAUUCGAAUUUUCUGUUCAUGAUAAAUUUUGUUCUUUAUCUAAUGUUGAAUAUAAUGAUUUGCGGAUUAAAAAUUAUUUUAAUUCUGAGGAAGCUUUGUAUAGAGAAAUUGUUUUGCCUGGUGAAUUGACAAAAUUGGAAUGGUGUAAUCAAAGUUUUUCCCUUUACAAUAUUUUAUUGCCAAAUUAUUACCAAUUUAUUCAACAAAAAUAUUGGGAUGUCGGGUUAUUUAAUUAUUGGAAAUGGCAAAAAUUACCCUUAUUUUUACUUGCUGCACCAACUUUGUGGAUUGCAUUUUAUGGAUUUAUUAAACAAACUUUUGGUCUAUUAUCAACAGAUUUGAGACCGAUACCGGAAAUUUUGGUUGAUAGAAAUGGGCAAAUACCUUUUGCUGUUCAUAUUUUGUUUUUGGCAUUUUCUGGUGUUGUGUUUUACAAUGUGGAGGGUGGGAAGUUUUUUAUGUUAUUAUUUUGUCGAUAGGGUGUUGUUCGGCCCCUUCUUGUUUUUCUUCCUUUCUUAUU